CGUGCGUCUAGACUUUUACGCCAACUAGUGGCAAGUAUCCAAAAUAGUUGGGAUCAUGUUUAUAACGUAAACAUAUGGGCUUUACUUUUUAAUAAUUAAAAAUAAAAUAUAUUUAAUUUUUUUUAAAAAUGCCAGCUUCGAGAAAAAAUUGUUGCAUUCUUGGAUGUAAUAAUACAUCACGUCAAGAACGUGGAUUCGGUGUGGGAGUGAAAUUUUAUAAAUUUCCAGAGAGCGUGUUAGGAGCCUCAUGGAAAAUAGUAAAACGUAAACAGUGGAUGAAUGCAGUGAAAAAUUACGUAGAAAAUCCAAAAGACUGGGUACCAAAUAAAUAUACGAGGAUUUGUAGUACCCAUUUUGUAAAUAAUGAAAAAUCAGAGCAUCCGUUACAUCCAUCUUAUGUUCCUUCGAUUUUUCCUGGACAUGAAAAUAUAAAAAGAAAUAUUCAAUCCUUAGAACGCUUCCAACGAGGCAGAAAUCGUGAAAUAAACACAGUCCACAUCAAUGCACUUUGGAUCAACUAA